AGAGAUCUGGAGUCGCUGGAGCAGAGUUUAGCUGCUGUUCAGCAGGUCACCUGCUCACUCAGGCUCAGAUUGCAGUGUUCCCUAAGCACAAAGCAUGAACCAGUCCCGAUGGAUUGAAUGGAGGACUCUGAAUAUGAGCAGUAGUGUUAUGAACAUAUCUGAGCACCUCUCCUGCCCUCUUGGAUUUGGUCACUACAAUGCAGUUGACGUCUGUAUCCUUGAGACAGUCGUUAUUGUCUUGCUCACAUUUUUAAUCAUUGCGGGUAACUUAACUGUGAUAUUUGUUUUCCACUGUGCUCCACUCCUGCAUCAUUACACCACCAGCUAUUUUAUUCAGACCAUGGCCUAUGCUGAUCUUUUUGUUGGAGUCAGCUGCUUGGUUCCUACUCUGUCACUGCUCCACUACCCGACAGGUGUCCACGAGUCCCUGACUUGUCAAGUUUUUGGAUAUAUCAUCUCUGUGCUCAAAAGCGUGUCUAUGGCAUGUCUGGCUUGCAUCAGUGUGGAUCGCUAUCUCGCUAUAACAAAGCCUCUCUCCUAUAACCAACUGGUCACCCCUUGUCGCUUGAGAAUCUGCAUUAGUUUGAUCUGGAUAUACUCUUGCCUGAUCUUCUUGCCUUCCUUUUUUGGUUGGGGAAAACCUGGUUACCAUGGAGAUAUUUUUGAAUGGUGUGCUACCUCCUGGCUAACUAACGCCUAUUUCACUGGCUUUAUCGUGUGCUUACUCUACGCUCCUGCUGCCUUUGUCAUCUGCUUCACCUACUUCCACAUCUUUAAGAUCUGCCGGCAGCACACCAAAGAGAUAAACGAUCGGAGAGCUCGCUUUCCGAGCCACGAAGUGGAUGCUGCUGGGGACACCGGGCACAGCCCCGACCGCCGCUAUGCCAUGGUUUUGUUUCGGAUAACCAGCGUGUUCUACGUGCUGUGGCUCCCCUAUAUCAUAUACUUCCUGCUGGAGAGCUCGAGGGUGUUGGAGAACCCCGCACUCUCCUUCCUGACUACAUGGCUUGCUAUAAGCAAUAGUUUCUGCAACUGUGUGAUUUAUAGCCUCUCCAACAGCGUUUUCAGGCUGGGACUGCGGAGACUGUCGGAGACCAUAUGUUCAUCUUGCACGUGUUUGAAAGACAGGGAUGUGCGGGACCCUAAGCCGAGGAAACGGGCUAACUCCUGCUCCAUUUAGAGACAAUGGGCGCGUGUAAUCAAAUGCGGAGUUUCAGUAGUAUCUGCUGUGUCUGGAAACUGGCCAGAGAGAAAUGUUUACUUGAACAGCUUGCCGUGGUGUUAGAGGGAGUUUACAAGGGAUUGUGGAAAAGGAAAAGGCUGCUGUGAGAGGGGUCACUGGACUCUGGGGGAAUUGUGAGGAGAGCAGUUCCACAGAGACGAUGAAGAAAGUCAGGACUAAAAACCUUCCAAAGGGCAUGAAGUAACUACCAGUAACUAUCAGAGGAGGUUCCUCGUAAAAUAAAUAACUUAGUUACUACCUUAUGUUUUACCCCUUGUAGACAAGCUGUCCUACUAUCUUUGUGUCAGAAUAUACUGUAGCCUUCUGAAUCUCAAUAUAUUUAAGAGGAAGCAAUCAACAUCACAGUAAGCAGCUAUCCAUAAACUAUAUACCUGAGGACUGUAGUAGAUACUGCAGGUUAAUAAUCAGCUCUGUCUCUGCUCACAUCCUGUACAAUUUUCAGUUGUACAAUGCAUAAACCCUGCCCUGGGCAUGAUGCUUUGGGAUUAACUGGCAGGUUUUGGUACCACUGUCAGAGGAGCUCUCCCUCUCCUUCUCAUUUCCUCUCUUUUCCUCCAUGCUCUGCAUCCCUAGAUUCCAUUGCGUUCAGGGGGAGUUUAGUUCGAGGGCACCUACGAGGUAAACUGAGUUUCAGACCAUUAUUCCUGCAGAAAGCAUAAGCCCUUCCUGGCUGGCUGGCUGACUGCAGCUGCCUGUGUCCAAGGACUCCUUCAGUCGAUCCCGUUAAAUCAGCACACGGUAUCCAUGUGGUGUCCUUUAGGGUGUACUAAAGCUUUUCCUUAUUGACUCCACAGACACUCCUAAUGCAGAGAUGAUAAUGGCACAUAGCAGUGUGUCAGCACUGCUUGGAGAAUUCAAACUAACCAGCCCUUCUCUUUGGGAAGUCUAAAUUGCUCGCUGUUGUAGCUGUCAGUCCAUCGUGUGAACCUCGCUUGCACAUACUGUACUUUUUUUAUUUUUUUUUAAGGGAAAACGUAAAUUGUGGUCUGUGCCUAAUGUUUUCCUAGCACAUGGAAUAGGUCAAUGCUACAGGGUUAAAAAAAACUUACACUUGCUUUAAGAGAAACACUUCUGUGCCAUUGUUGAAUAGCUGUUUGUUAGACAAGUGUUCUCAGAGGAGGUGAACAAGACAGUUUAGUGUUAAUUACAGGUCAAGAGCUUCGGUAUUUCCUUUUGUACUGAACUGACUUUCAGGUCCACUGAUGAAAUCUUUCUGAUUUUGCAAGGGCGCACAUUAGGUUUGUGUAAUAAGUUGCCAGGGGUUCAGAUGCAUGCCAGUCGAUACAAUAUUUAAAUUAUGAUUUUGAGCCAAAUGUAAUUUUCUUGGAUGGUUAUUGGCUUUUAAAAAGGGCCCAAUUAUUGAUUAUUGGUGCCUUUUAACACUGCACUAUUUUUCCUUCUUUCACCAAAAUGCAUAUGUAAAGAUUGUGCCUAUUACUUUUUGUAAUGGAAGCUGACCACCUGUGCACACUUGUGGUUUGACUCUAGAGCUCCCUUAAUUCUGUACUCUUUGUUCUGUUGAGGUGGUUCUGAACCCCUGUACAUUUUUUUAAAACCUGUAAGAAAGUUGAAACAAUGGAAUAAAGUAGUAUUAUGUCUAUCAAA